GAGGUAACCAAGGACAUUGGGCCUGGGAGGCACCCUCCUCCUUCCUUCCUAUGCUCUUUGGCCGCUGGCUGGCAGUGCUAUCUAUCCAGUGGCCAAAGAGGAUGGGAGGAAAGCAGGAGGUGGUGCCUCUCAAGCCCAGCCCUAGGAAAGCCUCCUCCUCCUGCUCCUCCUCUUCUUACUUUCUCCAUUACCGGCUUUAGACUGCAAGAGAGAGAAAGAGAGCCUCUGCAGAGCUGGGAUUAUGGUACCUGAAUUGGAGAAAGCGAGUGUCCGGAUGAAGAAUCCUGAACAAGUCAAAAAUAUAAUCUCAUUGCUUAGAAAAGGUGGGGCAGAAAGACUUCAGGUCAUUUCUGAUUUUGACAUGACACUGACUCGGUUUGGGUUCAAUGGCAAGCGUUGCCCCACUUCGCACAAUAUCAUAGAUAACAGUCGGGUCAUCAAUGAAGAAGGUAGAAGAAAGUUAAAAGAUCUGCUCCAUUAUUACUAUCCUAUUGAAAUUGAUCCAUACCGAACUGUGGAAGACAAACUGCCUCUCAUGGUGGAAUGGUGGACCAAGGCCCACAACCUCCUGACCCAGCAGAAGAUUUUGAAAAGUGACAUAUCCGAGAUGGUGAAGGAGUCCGAUGUCAUGCUCAGAGAUGGUUUCAACACUUUCUUUGACCAGCUUCAUCAGAACAAAGUUCCCCUGUUCAUCUUCUCAGCAGGUGUGGGUGAUGUGCUGGAGGAAAUAAUACGCCAAGCCGGUGCGUUCCAUCCUAAUGUCAAUGUGGUCUCCAACUAUAUGGACUUUGAUGACAGUGGCGUCUUGCAAGGGUUCAAAGGGCCCCUCAUCCACACCUACAACAAGAACAAUACAGUCUUGAAGGAUACAGAGUAUUUCCAGCAGCUUUGUACAAGGACAAAUAUCUUACUCCUCGGAGACUCCAUGGGUGACCUCAGUAUGGCAGAUGGUGUUGCUGAUGUCAAAAAUAUCCUCCGGAUUGGUUUCUUAAAUGACAGGGUGGAGGAACAGCGGGGGAAGUACAUCGAGUCGUAUGACAUUGUGCUGGAGAAAGAUGAAACGCUGGAUGUGGCAAAUGGCAUCCUUAACUUCAUCCUUGCCCAAAACCAAUCCACACCGACCCUUUACCCUUGACAGAAAGCUGCCUUUGGGGAAAGGGAGAUGUUCUCUAUGUAUGUGUCUCUUAGUUCCUUGCCUGUUAUGUUGCAGACACGUGCCAGAUUCUUUCUCUAUCCUGGCUAUUCUCAAGAGUCACAGAAUUCACAAUUGACCACAUUGCGUAAGUUUUUUUUCUCUUGACCACCACAUCCCAGAUUAAAACGAAUUGAAGCUGUGCCGGGCGAAGACCCAUCGUUCAAUCAUUUUCUCUGCUGGUCAAAAAGAAUGGACCAGCCGGCUUUCGGGACUCCUAAAAUGACGCAAUGCUUUCCAAAUUUUAGAGGAAAAUGUUGUGUAUGUCCUUAAUAAAUCUCCUUUCCUCGCCCAACAAUAGAAAAUCAUUACAAAAGUAAUAAUCUUUAAAAAAAAAUGAGGGGGUUGCAAUUAUCUAAAAGGAUAAAUGUUAUUCACUGUAAAAUCAACUAGAUACAAUGGAAGGUAUGAUUAGGAAAAUGUUGACUAAAGCACUUUUGCUGUGAUCGGAGUUUUGGACAUGUCAGCUGCAAUAAAUGUUUCAUUUGGAUAGUUUUGCUCUUCAAAUGUCAGUUCAGUGUGCAUCAAAUCAUAACAACUUCGAUCAUUAGAAACAAGAGAUUCACUUGGCUUUUUUAUUCAGGAGAGUUAAAAACCCUCUUGAAUAUCAGUAAGAGCAAAAAUGCUCUUCUAUGAGUUGCAAACAACUGAGGCCAGUUUAUCCCAUUCAAGUAGGUGAGAUAUAUCAUAAAAUGUGCUUCCCCCUUGCAAACCUUUUUUUGGGGUUUUUAUAAAAUACAAUUUUUUAAAAAUUAAAUGACCAACGCACAGUUCUCUCACAAAAUUGAACUGCUUUUUUAUUCAAAAGACAUGUGAAAAAAUAAUAAAAUAAAUUUCUUAUUUUAA